AUGCAGGUCCCUCUGAUUCGCCUCCAGUGCGGCGUCAACAGCUACGAUUGGGGCAAGGUGGGCUCCGCCUCCGCCGCCGCCAAAUUUGCAUCCGCCACACCGUCGAACGAUCUCACCAUUGAAGAUGAGAAGCCCUACGCCGAGCUAUGGAUGGGCACCCACCCGUCGCUGCCCUCCAAGGACGUCGCCACACAGCGCUCACUGCUAGAUCUGGUGCAGGACAACCAGAUGCUCAUGGGUCGCGAAAUCACCGAGCGCUACGGUGGGAAACUGCCGUUCCUGUUCAAGGUGCUCUCCAUUCGCAAGGCGCUGAGUAUUCAGGCCCAUCCCAACAAGAAACUGGCCGAGCAGCUACACGCAAAGGACCCCAAGAGUUACCCUGACGACAACCACAAGCCCGAGAUGACCAUCGCCAUUACUCCCUUCGACGGCUUCUGCGGCUUCCGCCCGCUCGCCGAGAUUGCGCACUUUCUCGCAAACGUCCCUACCUUCCGCAAGCUCGUCGGCGAGGAAGCCGCCACAAACUUCGAGAACACAAUCAAGGGCCGCGAGACGUCGACGUCAGAAGAAGACACCAAGGAGAACAAGGCCGUUCUUCAGAACGCCUUCACCUCACUCAUGACCUCCGACGCCUCAGCCAUCGGGGCCACGGCGGAAGAGCUCCUCUCCUCCGCAAAGUCCGAAGGCUCCUCCUUCGCCGGCGGCGGCGUAUCCAGCACCAGCGGCGAAGAGCUGGCCGAGCUGGUGCAACGUCUCUCGGGCCAAUUCCCGGGCGACAUCGGGCUCUUCGUGCUCUUUUUCCUCAACUACGUCAAGCUGGACGUGGGCGAGGCCAUGUUCCUCAAAGCCGACGACAUCCACGCCUACCUGUCCGGCGACAUCAUCGAGUGCAUGGCGUCGUCGGACAACGUCGUGCGCGCGGGCUUCACGCCCAAGUUCAAGGACGUCGGCACCCUCACGUCGAUGCUGACGUACUCGUACGCGCCCAUCGAGGAGCAGAAGAUGACGCCCAAGGACUUCGCCUACGUCACGCACAACACCAAGUCGUACUCGUCCGCCAGCGACUCGGAGCUCUACGACCCGCCCAUCGAGGAGUUCAGCGUCGUCCGCACCGCCCUGCGCGCCCCAGGCGCCAAGGUCACUUUCGACCCCAUCCAGGGCCCCAGCAUCAUCCUUUGUACGUCUGGCAAAGGUACCAUUGCCGUGGGCCCGAAGAAGGAGCCCAUCGAGCCAGGGUACGUCUACUUUGUCGGCGCGACGGCCGAGGCAGUGCUGGAGAGCGAGAGCGAGAAGGGCGAGGAGUUCGUCACGUUCAAGGCGUUUUGCGAGCUGGAUGACGACAAGACCAAGAGUUCGUUGUGA